GAGAACUCAGAAGAUGACAAGAAGAGGGGACGUUCAACAGACAGUGAAGUCAGUCAGUCUCCUGUGAAGAAUGGGAACCCCUCUUCCUCGUUAUCCUCUUCCUCCUCCUCCUCAUCUUCCUCCUCCUCCUCCUCCUCCUCCUCCUCUUCUUCUUCCUCCGUCUCGGGACUGACCUCAUCCUCACUUGUCUCUAUGGCGACCAUCACGGCGGGAGGUCUCAGUGGCUCUGGGGGCAACAGUCAUCACGGCAGCUCGGGGGGUCUCCUCUCCAACACUUCGGCUGGCAGCUACAGCAACGCCACCCAGCAGCAGCUGCAUCCAUCAGCACAGCAGCAGCAGGCCAAAAACUUAGUCAGCUCCCCCUCCUCCGCUCCCAUCUCCAUCCCCAUCCCCUCCACCAACAGCCACCUGGCCUCCUCCGCCUCCUCUCCCCCUAACGCCAUCACACAGGGGCUCUUCACCUCAAACUCCCAGCCUUCAGCUCUGUCGGGGCCCACGCCGACCUCCAACAGCCUCGGCCUCAGCUUGGGGCUCUCUCUGGGGAAAGGCGGCAUGUCCGGCUCCAUCACCACCAGCCCCAUGUCCGGAAGCCUUGGCCUCUCAGGGAUGCCGGCAUCCCUGAGCAGCAUGGCGAGCCUCCUGUCAGGCUCCACCCCGGCGCCCUAUGCUCAGGCGGCCGCCUCAGGAGCGAUCGGCUCCGGCCUGCCGGGCUCUCUGGGUGGCAUCGGCAUCAGCCCCACGACGACCAACAGCGCGGUGGGCUCCAUCGGCAGCGGCAGCAUCACAGUCGGCGGGCCGACGUCCUCAACAGGAGGUCUGCUAGGCCCGGCGCCGGGGCUGACCAGCGUGGGCUCGGGGAUUCUGGGUCUGAGUUCUGGUCAGUCAGGGAUGCAGGGGUCUUCGCUGGUGUCACUGAGCCCAGUAGGAGGUUUAGCGCCGGGAAGCGGAGUGGGAGUCAUCGGGAGUAACGGAGGCAGCUCGGGGUCAGGAGGGAGCGGAGUUGUGGGAGGAAACUCGUCGCUCUCCAUCAGGCCGCCGAGCCAACAGAAGCAGAACGGUAGCACUAGUUACAGCGCUGUGGUAGCAGACAGCACAACAGACUCCGCCCUCACUAGUGCCAGCCAGUCACAAAGCAGCCAACCCUCGUCUUUGACCUCCACAGCCAAUCAGCCUAAGGACACUGGUCCCAGUUUACUGGGCUCUCUAAGUUUGUCAUCCAGCUCCCCGUCGCCGGCCUUCUACAGCGAGGCCAAAACAGUGAGCGGUGGCAGCCUGCUGAACGGGCCGCUGUCCUACUCGCAGUCCUCCGACGGCAUCAAG